CGUGUUGAAGCGAGUCGAUUCGCAUAUAUCGGCGUUUCCCGCCUCUGUCUAUUUCCCAAUUAGGCUGUUUUGUAUACAUUCUCCAGAAUCUCAACAUGUCGACCAAGCACUUCUUCUCAGACCCUACUCACCUCGUCCUCUCCGCCCUCCGUUCCCUGACUUACACAAACCCGUCUUUGGCUUUCGAUGAAGAGAACAAGAUCAUUUUCCGCCGCCCCGACACCACCUCCAAGUCCAAGGUCGCCGUGAUCAGUGGUGGUGGCUCUGGACAUGAGCCUGCCUUCGCCGGUUACGUGGGCAAGGGACUCCUAACCGCCUCCGUCGCUGGAACCAUCUUCGCCUCGCCCGCAGCCGAGCAGGUGCGUCGCGCCGCCAUUGAGCGUGUCGAUACUGAAAAGGGCGUUCUCAUCGUUCCUAUGAACUAUACGGGUGAUGUGCUCAACUUUGGCAUGGCCGCCGAGAAAGCAAAGGCGGCCGGCCAAAAUGUUGAAUUCUUUGCUAUCGGCGACGAUGUCGGUGUGGCCCGCACCAAGGGUGGAAAGGUCGGCCGGCGUGGUCUUGCCGGAGGUAUUCUGGUUUUGAAGAUCGCUGGUGCCUUGGCUGAGACUGGUGCUUCGUUGGAUGAAGUAUAUCGUACCGCCCUGCUCGCAGCUGCCAAUACCGUCACCUUAGGCUCUUCUCUCGAGCAUGUGCAUGUUCCAGGCCGUGAGGUCUCGUCUGAGAUUGUGCCUAAUGACGAGGUGGAGGUUGGAAUGGGUAUUCAUAAUGAACCUGGCUCUCACCGCAUGAAGGGCGCAAACCUGCCCACGCUCGUCAAGACCAUGCUCCUCCAGCUUCUGGACCACAACGACGCGGACCGUGGCUGGAUGAAAGUGGAGUCGGGCGACAAGUUCGUUCUUCUGAUUAACAACCUGGGCAGCGUGAGCACGCUCGAGUUGGCCGGUAUCACCGCCGAGGUCACUGCCCAACUUGCCAACGACUACAACAUUAAGCCUGUCCGGACAUUGCAAGGAAUGUACCUGACCAGUCUCAACGGUCUUGGCUUCAGUAUCUCGCUUCUCAAGCUUGUUGAUACAGGCCUGGGUGCUGGCCGCUCUCUUUUGGAGCUGUUGGAUGCACCCGCGGAGGCUGUUGGCUGGACGGCCCCUGUUCAGCCUUCCACCUGGGAAGAGCACGCCGCUGGUAAACCCGUCGAGUUCAAGAAGGCUGUCUAUGCUCAAGAUGUACCCAGCAACCUAAAACUCGACCCAAGUCAGCUCAAGAAAAGCCUCUCAGCCGGUCUCCAACGCAUAAUCGAUGCCGAGCCUCAGGUUACCAGGUUCGACACCAUUGUCGGUGACGGCGACUGCGGUGUCGGUUUGAAACGUGGAGCUGAGGCCAUUCUCAAACUCAUCAGCGAAGCCAACCUAUCCGACGACAUCGUCUUGACUGUUGACAGAAUCGUCGAGGUUGUGGAAGCCACCAUGGACGGAACAUCCGGCGCUAUCUACGCGAUUUUCCUGAACGCACUCGUCCACGGUCUGCGCGCCCAGGACACCAAGGGAGCUGCGACUCCGGUCGAUGCAAAAAUCUGGGCUGAGGCUUUGAAUUCCUCCGUCACGGCUCUGGCCAAGUACACCCCCGCACAAAUCGGCGAUCGCACACUGAUCGACGCCCUGGUGCCUUUCUCCAAGAAACUCCUCGAAACAAAAGACGUUCACGCCGCUGCCAAAGCGGCCCAAGAUGGCACCGAAGCCACAAAGCACCUCAAGGCCAGUCUCGGUCGCUCCGUAUAUGUGGGUAGCGAAGAAGAAUGGCUGGGCAAAAUCCCUGACCCUGGUGCCUUCGGCUUGUCCGAGUUCCUGACUGGCCUAGCGGAUAGCCUGUAAAUACUAAUCUCUUAAUCUGUAAUUCUUUCCUGUUGCCUUCGAGCUGGCCAUGAUAUGAUUACUCUUGUUUUCUUGUUUUUCUGAUGUCUAAUUCGAAGCGCUGUUGAUGAGCAUGAUUAGUUUCAUACCUUUUGUUUCGUGUGUAUAAUGAGUGGAGCGUAGG